CCGACAUUUAGAAGAACGUCACUGAACGGGAGAGCGGACCGGAAACAGUCGUUGUUCCGGCGUUAACGGUGACGUCACGUGCGUAGGAAGCCUCCAUCUCUGCGGGGGGACGGGCGCCAUCUUGUUCGGGACUCCGCUGAACGUGAAUAGUUUAUAUUCUCUUUUUAUUCGGUGUCGGUGGUUUGAAUCCGGACCGGAAGGCGCCGAGACACCGGGGCCCCGCCCAUCCUGGAGUUUCAUUGGUCCGCUGAGACGCCAUCUCUGAGGCUGUGUGCUGAUUGGCUGCAGGCCGACAGGCCCUUUAAACACACGACCUCCUCACAGAUCAUGUCCAGACGAAGCCUCCGGCUGGAAGAAGGCCUGUUGGACCGGGUUCUUCCUCACAGCAGCGCCUCCUUCAGUGUGGGAGGAGCCAGCUGGAGGAGCAACAAAAGGUCGUUGAAGCCUCGGCGCUCUCAGAACCUCCUCUCCUCCUCCUGCUCCGAGUCUCUCCUCAACACUCCUGUUGGAGGAGGAGGAGGAGGCGGCCUCCUCAGCAGCAGCGUCACCUCCGACGCCUCCUUGCUGUCCUCCCUGCUGGAGGAGUCCUCGGUGCAGGAGUCCAUGCUGGUCGACACCUUCUGGGAGAGCACCACCGUAGAGGACCAGAGCUCUCUGGACCCAGAGGUCCUGAAGCACCGGUCUGUCUCCACGUACCGCUCCUUCUCCAAGUGCACCUCCUCCCCGGAGCCCGGCGGCUCCACCCUCUACUGCCGAGACCGGAGCCUCAGGACCAAGACGGGUGUUCUGCAGCUGUGGUUCCUGCUGUGGGUUAGGACUGCUGCAGCCAGGUGUGUGUGUGCGCUCACACACACCUGGCAGGUGUGUCGAGAGCUCCUCUCGCGGACGAAGAACCGACAUGGAGCUCGAUCCGGUCUCUGUGGAGUCAUGGACCUGAAGAGGUCCACCGUGACCUGGAAGGCGCCGCCCCCUGACGGAUCUUUGUGUGACGGCUGUCAGGAGAAGCAGCACUCCUGGUCCUGGUCCAGGUCCAGGUCCUGGUCCUGGUCCUGGUCCUCACGGGCUUCCUGUCUGUGGGGGCUGAUGUGGAGCGCUGCGGGUCUCACAGGUGACGUGUUCAGGAGGCUCAUCAAACGAUGGCGUCACAUGACCUGCAGCUUCCUCCUGACUGGGUUUCCUCUCCGGCUCCUCCUGGUCCUCCUUCCUCUGCUGCUCCUCUUCUUCAGCCUGUGUUGGUUCGGUCCAGCUGGCGUCGCCUCAGAAAUGGGGACGGUGGUCUCGGGCUUCUGGUCCGUCGAGAGCCGUCCGGCAGAGGCCACCGAGGAGGAGUCAAAGGAGGUGCUACCGCCCGACGGUCGACCUCCAGCUGCAGUGGAGGAGGAGGAGUCGGCGCUCCGGCUCGGCCGCCUGGAGGAGAGUCAGGCGGCGCUGUGGCACCACGUGGAGGCCAGCGGGCGGAGACACACGGAGGUGCUGCGGCUCUACACCGACCUGCAGCAGCUGGUCUCGGAUCAGAACCACAGAGAGCAGUCUGGGCCCUGGAUCAGGGACCUGCUGAACCAGCACCUGGACAGAUGGCAGACGGAAAAGCAGCAAAGUCAAGCGUCUCGUCUGGAUCAGCUGGAGCUGCAGCUGCAGACACUGGCAGCCAGAACCCAGGAGGUGCCGUGGAGACCAGAAGCUGCUCCACCCGUCUCUCCUUCAUCAACACUUCCAGCUGCUGUCGGAGACGGUGUGAACCGUCCGUCCCAUGAUGCCUUGCUGGCAGAGAUUUCUCGGUUGGAAGUGGCUCUGGAGGACGUGCGGCGUGGCGUUCAGGGUCUGUCCGGCGGUCUGGACCGGAUCCAGCAGACGGUCUCCGCUCAGGUCCGUGAGGAGGUCCGGGUUCUGGUCUACGGCAACCAGCUGGCGGUGGGGGGCGGGGCCCCUGGAGACGGGGGCGAUGCCCCGGAGUCUCUCCUCCAGUGGCUGUCGCUGCGGUACGUCAGCGGGGCCGACCUGCAGGCGGCGCUCUCCUCUCUGGAGCUCAGCAUCCUGCAGGACCUCCGCCUGCACCGCGGGGGGGCGGCGGUCAGGGAGGAGGUCCUGCAGGCCGGCGUGACGCAGGAGGACGUCCGUGAGAUCGUGAGGAACGCUCUGCGCCUGUUUUCUCAGGACCGAACCGGCCUGGCGGACUUCGCUCUGGAGUCUGGAGGGGGCAGCGUCCUGAACACUCGCUGCUCGGAGACCCACCAGACCAAGGUGGCGCUGUACAGCCUGUUCGGGGUUCCCCUCUGGUAUUUCUCCCAGUCUCCUCGAGCCGUGAUCCAGCCCGACGUCCAUCCAGGGAGCUGCUGGGCCUUCAAGGGCUCUGCCGGCGUCCUGGUGCUCCGCCUCUCCAGGAGGAUCCUCCCCACCUCCUUCUCCCUGGAGCACCUCCCCAAAGCGCUGGCGCCCAGCGGGGGCCGUCUGAGCAGCGCCCCGCGAGACUUCAGCGUCUACGUGAGCCAGAGAGACCACGGCCGCUUCGCUGACCGUCGGACAUCUGCAUGUUUACUCCUGUCUGUUGUUGUCUUCAGGGUCUGGAGGAUGAGGGUCAGCAGGGGGGGAAGCUGCUGGGCUCCUUCACCUACGACGAGGCCGGAGAGGCUCUGCAGACCUUCAGGGUCCUUGGGAACGACGCAGCCUUCCAGAUCAUCGAGGUCCAGGUCUUGUCCAACUGGGGCCACCAGGACUACACCUGCCUGUACCGCUUCAGGGCGCACGGGACGCCGGAGGAGGAGCUGGGGGAGGAGCCAGUGGGGCAGGGGGAGGAGCCAGGGGAGCUGGAGGAGCAGCCGGAGGUUUCAUAUUAAAACUAUUAUUGUAUAUUUGCCGUGUUUUAACCCGUUCUUCUUUAUAUCUUCGUCGACAUUUCAGUUUUAAUUAAAUGUUAAAAUAUUAGAAUAUUAAUUCUGCAUUAAAGUCUCAAACUGCUGUAAACUUUUAUUUAUUGUUUUCUUUAUUUUGAGUUCUGUUUUUUAUUAACUGUUGUGAAAUGUGUUAAAUACUAAAUAGUUCUUCACACACUACAUUUCUAAUGUUUUUGUAUAUGUUUUAAAGCAAAUAAAGAUCUACGAUAA